AUGCCAUUUAAAAGCUACAUGAAGGGUCGUAUCUUUCAACACUUUAUCAUUAUUGGACUUCUCUGUGUUCCUCACAUAGCCAUUCCCAACAGACUAAAAUUCUGCGUUGGGCCUGACCGGUGCUCAUGCAUGGAGGGUUACAAGGGCAAAGACUGCAACAAAGAUGUCAAUGAGUGUGGGCUACCUAUAAGGCCCUGUUCCCACAGAUGCAUGAACACUAUGGGCAGUUACCGUUGUUUCUGUAAUCAUGGAUACAUGCUGGACACUGAUGGCAAAUCCUGCGUCAAGAAAUUGAACUGCACCUCCCUUCGAUGUCAGUUUGGUUGCCAGAUUGAGAGAGAUGGUGAAAUAGGCUGUUUGUGUCCCCCAGGGCUCUACUUGGCUCUAGAUAACAGAACCUGCAAAGACAUAAAUGAGUGUGAUAGUCUCUCCCACACCUGCAUAGAGAGCCAGUCCUGCAGGAACACUUUUGGGAGUUUCAUUUGUGUCUGUAAGGAUGGAUAUGUUUUGGGAACACUUAAGGAUUCAGUCACAUGUCGAGAUAAAGAUGAGUGUCUGACAGGCAACCAUCGCUGCAGCCACCAAGCCAGCUGUGUGAACACAGAAGGCUCGUAUACUUGCAAGUGUGAAAAGGGCUACACUGGAGACGGCUUCAGAUGCUGGAAGAGGAGCAACAGACUGCCAUGGGCCGCUAUGUACUUCCAGUAUAAACGCUCUAAACAAAUCAGGCCAGUAUAG